AUGGGGAAUGCUUAUUUCAGCCAACGAGCAGUUACAACUGCAUUAUGGUGCAACUUUCUUGUCUUCUCUCUGAAGUUUGGAGUGUGGCUUGCAACUUCUAGCCAUGUUAUGUUAGCUGAGAUGGUGCACUCAGUUGCAGAUUUUGCAAACCAGGUAUAACUGACUCCUGUUGUGCUACGGGCCCUUCUUGCUCAUGGUUUGAAUAGCUUGGGGCGUGCUCCAGAUGCUCUGCACCUUUAUGGUUAUUCAAAGGAAAGAUUUGUCUGGUCAUUGAUAUCUGCUGUCGGCAUCUUUUGCCUGGGUUAUGGUGCAACCAUUGUGCAUGGAUUUCAGAAUUUGUGUAGCUCUCAUAUAUUUCAUCCUCCUGAAAAUAUUCAUUAUGCUGCUUUAGUGAUUGGUGAUCAUUCCUGCUUGAAGAAUAUAAUUUUGAUGACUUUUCCAGGUGCUUCUCUGCUUGUUGCCAUUAAUGCUGUCAAGAAAGGUGUGGUUGCAGAAGGAAUGGAAAUAUGGGACCAUAUUUGGCGUGGUCAUGAACCAACAUCAGUUGCUGUUAUGACAGAGGAUGGUGCUGCAGUAACAGGUCUGGCCAUUGCUGCAGCUUCAUUGGUGGCUGUUAACACAUCAGGAAAUGCAAUUUAUGACUCAAUUGGUUCCAUGAUAUUGGUUAUUUACUUGGAAAGGAAAAUUGCUAUUGUGAAGGCGAAGGUUUUACGUCUCGACAAGAUAGGGGGUGUCCCAGCUGUCCCAUCCCGUUUCUGUGAAAAAAUGAGAUGA